CCGGUGCCAUGUUGUGAUAUUUGAGGAAAUCAGUUCUGGGCGAAGUUUCCCUGGCAAAAGUGGGAUUAAAAACAAACAAACAAAACAAAACAAAACAAUAAUCAGAUUUCGGGGGUGAGCAUGGAGGGAAAAUCACCGUAAAGGAGAUCCGGUUAAUAGCCUGACGUUGUUUUGAAGCGAAAGGGGCCUCACAGCUCACAUAUGAGCUGAAAGGAUGGAUCUGAAUUUUUACUCGGAUUUAACGGAUGGUACCGGGCAGCACGACGGGGAUCCGGAGUUCCUGGAUCCGCAGUCUUUCAAUGGAUUUGACUCUGACAACAAGUUUCCCGGAGGCAGUGACAACUACCUGACGAUUUCUGGAUCCAGCCACCCCUUCCUCUCCUCUUCAGAGACGUUCCACACUCCCAGCCUGGGCGAUGAGGAAUUCGAGAUCCCUCCCAUCUCUCUGGACCCGGACUCUGCCCUCUCUGUGUCAGAUGUCGUGUCCCAUUUCGGGGAGCUGUCAGAAACUGGACCCGCUGACAGCGUCGUGGUACCCGGGAACGCUGUUGUCGAAGGCGAUGACCCCUCCUUCGCAUCCACUUUUGUCAGCGCUCCCAGCCAGGGGCUGGAGCACCUGACUCUUGGAGUCAUGACCCAGUCAGGAGGAAAUACUCUGUUAGGGUCGUCACUGGGAAUGGAUCUUGGUCAUCCCAUUGGCUCUCAGUUCAGCAGCUCGUCCCCAGUGACCAUUGACGUCCCUCUAGGUGAUAUGGGCCAGGGUUUGUUGGGGUCCAACCAGCUCACCACUAUAGACCAGUCAGAGCUCAGCGCUCAACUGGGGCUCGGCUUGGGAGGCGGGAACAUACUGCAACGGCCGCAGUCGCCCGAGAACCCGCUGUCAGCUACAGCCUCGCCCACCAGCUCGCUCCAGGAUGAUGACAUGGAUGACUUUAGAAGGAGUGUCCUCGUGGAAUCUCCGGUCUCUCUGGCCGUCUCCCCCGGAGUCAUCUCCCUCGAUCCCUCCCCGUCUGAAUCCCCACUGUCUGCCCCGACCUCCAGUGUCUCCUCUGCAACGGGACGGAAAGGAGGGGCAGGAGGGGGGAAGAAGGGUAAAAAGAAAAAGGAUCCCAAUGAGCCUCAGAAACCUGUGUCAGCCUACGCUUUGUUCUUUAGGGACACACAGGCAGCUAUCAAGGGACAAAAUCCCAACGCUACAUUCGGAGAGGUUUCUAAGAUAGUGGCAUCAAUGUGGGACAGUCUGGGAGAGGAACAGAAACAGGUUUACAAGAGGAAAAAUGAGGCAGCAAAGAAGGAUUACUUGAAAGCGCUGGCAGAGUACAGGGCCAGCCUAAUUUCUCAGGCUCCUAUUGAAGUCAUGGACACCACCCCAUCGCCCCCACCUCCAGCCCCGGCUCCUAUGGUCACAACCACGCCUGCCCCAACCCCGAUCACCCGGCCCACCAGGUCGCAACACUACAACCCAGAGGAGAACACCAUCACCAACAUAUGUACCUCCAACAUCAUCUUGGACCUGCCGCAGGUCACUACGCGGUCCCGCACCGGUGCCAUCAAACCCCAACUUGCUCCUGCAAGCGCCGCCCCGAAUGCUUCCACUGUCACCAAAAUCAUCAUCAAGCAGACGCCGCUGCCUUCCGGCGGCGUAUCGGUCACAGCGACGACCGCCUCCUCGCCACGCCAGCCGCCGCCGCUGCAGCAGAUGCAGAGCACCCCUCCUCCACCUCGGCUGCAGCAGAUGGUGCACGCCCAGGCUCCCCCGCCUCUGCAGGCCAAACCGCGGGGUGGAGGAGCAGCGGCAGCUGCCAUCGCUCCACCGCCGCUUAAGGUCGUACCAUCAGCGCGUCAGUCAGAUUCAAGCACGCCGAUCAUUGUGACGUCAUCAGGUGAAGCCUCCACGACAGUGUCCACCUCGUCCUCAGCUCUGACGGUGCAGGUGGGACACAGGGCCGUUAUGACGGCCGGAGAGGAAGUGGCAGAUGCUGAGGAAGGGAUGGAGGUGGAGGUUAAUGUCACCCCCGGUCCGAGCGUGACCCCCACUGCCAGCCCGACCAUUUGCGUGCGUGCGGGCUGCACAAAUCCCGCCGUGGAGAGCAAAGACUGGGACAAGGAGUACUGUAGCAACGAGUGUGUCGCCACACACUGCAGAGACGUUUUCAUGGCCUGGUGCGCCAUCCGAGGGCAGAACUCCACCACGGUCACAUAGGACCAGGACGUACCUGACGGAGGACUGAGGACUGAUGACACAGAACAGGACAGAGAAUAACACAUGAAAUGCAAACGAACAGAGAAAAGACUGAAUAACAGGCUCAGGUAUUGGCACAUAAUGGUUUGUUUUGUUUUAUCGUGCUCAUGUCAUCUUGUGGAUGACACCCCCCCCCCCCCCCAAAAAAAAGAAAAAAGAAAAGAAAAAGUCACUGUGUUGUACCUCCCUGUGGCACAAAUGCUUCUCCAGCAGAAUAAAACAAACUCUCGAUUAUCUGCGAAUACUAUGACGGUGAGGAAACCAUAGAUGCUCGGCUGCUCCAGACAUUUCCUGUUGAUCAUCCAUUUGUGAAUUUAAAAUAUGGACUUGAUAAAAGCAACAUUUUAUACGGACUCUGGUGUUUUUAAUUGUUUUGAAAAGGAAGGGGUGGGGUGGGGUGGGGUGCAGGUAGAACCCUGCAGAUGUAUUCAUUUUCUUUCAGAAAAAUUAAUCUUUACAUGUGUAUGCUCUUCCCUUUACUGUUACAGUGAGGACUGAUCAAUGUGAACGAAGUCUCGAGAGUUUUGAUUCGUGCGUUUUUAAGUGUGGCUAUUUUUUUUUUUUUUUUUUUUUAUUUAAAAGACCAACAACCGGGCAAAGCACAAGCAGUCUUAAAGCUACUUUGGAGUUGUGGGAGGGGUUAAAAUGUUUGUUCGAAGCCAUUCAGAGACGCGGUGGAAAUGAUCCGCCCUCAGCCAAGCGCUGUUUGCCACCUUUAAAAAGCCACCUGAGGAAGGAGGAAGAGGAGGGGUGAAAAAAAAGUUACUUCUAACAUAAAUAAGGUGCUAAGAUUCAGGAAAAAUCUGUAGAAACACCCUGUAAUCAUGAGAGCUUUUUAAACCUGUGUUGGACUUUUGCUUUGUGAGGUGAAAAUUUCUGUUUUGAGGAAGGAAGGAAAAAAAGAAACAUGUUGGAAUAAAAUAAAUGCACCAGCUCUGACAACACUACUUACUGCAAAGGGAAA